AUGGAAUGGCCCUCAGUGCCGCACUUCACCGGGUGCUUGGUCGACGCCGUCGCCAUCGACCGCGACGCGGCGGCGUUCCGUCGGUACUCCGUCUCGCUGUUGAUCGCCGCGCUCCUCGCGGGGAUCUUCGCGGGGCUGCGCGGCAGCGUGUUCACCGUGCAGAUGGCGCGAUUGAACGCGCGCGUCCGGCGGCGGCUGUUCGACGCGGUGCUGCGGCAAGACGUCGGCUUCUUCGAUCUGAACAAAACUGGCGACCUGUCGUCGCGUCUGAACAACGACUGCAGCACGGUCUCGAACGCGCUGUCGCUCAACAUCAACGUCAUGCUGCGGAACGCGGUGAACGUGAUCGGGGUGUUGUGUUUCAUGCUCGCGCUGUCGUGGCCGCUGACGGCGGUGACGCUCGCGUCGUUGCCUCCGACGGUGGUCGUGUCGAAGGUGUACGGACGCUACUUCAAAAGGAUUAGCAAAAAGACGCAAAAGGCGCUCGCGGAGGCGACGGAAGUCGCGGAGGAGAGCCUGGGGAGCGUCAAGACGAUCCGCGCGUUCGCCGCGGAGCCGCACGUCUCCGCUGACUUCGCGUCGCGGCUGCAAGAGUUUUGCCGUCAAAACACGAUCGAGGCGAGGUACGUCGUGGGGUACACGUUUUGCCUGACGGCGAUGCCCAUGAUGGUCACCGUGCUCGUGCUGUGGUACGGCGGCAUGCUCGUGUUGCGCGGGAUGUUAAACCCCGGCGCGCUCGUGUCGUUCAUGUUGUACCAGCAGCAGCUCACGAGUUGCUUCUCGUCCAUCGCGGACGUGUUCACCGCCGUCGCCGUCGCGCUCGGGGCGGCGGAGAAGGUGUUGGAGCUCAUCGCGAAGAGGCCAAAGUUUCACGCCGCGAGGCUGGUCCCGGAGCGGUGCGUCGGGAGGCUCGCGUUGGAGAUGGUGUGCUUCUCGUACCCGUCGCGACCGGAUCGUCGCGUGUUGACGGACUUCAACCUCGCGGUGAACCCCGGGGAGACAGUCGCGCUCGUCGGACCGUCCGGCGGCGGGAAGUCGUCCGUGAUCAACCUGAUCGAGCGGUUUUACGUCCCGGACAGCGGCGUCGUUCGUCUGGACGGCCGCGACCUCGCGGACUUGGACCCGCGGUGGUUGAAACGGCGGAUAUCGUUGGUGUCUCAAGAGCCGACGUUGUUUAACCGGUCCUCGGAGCAGAUCGUCGCCGCGGCGAAGGCGGCGAACGCGCACGAGUUCAUCGCCGCGCUGCCGGGGGGAUACGAAGAAGUCGUCGGCGAGCGCGGGUCGACGCUGUCGGGGGGGCAGAAGCAGCGCGUCGCGAUCGCGCGCGCGCUCGUGAGGGACCCGACCGUGCUUCUCUUGGACGAAGCCACGAGCGCGUUGGACGCGGAGAGCGAGGCGAUCGUUCAGGAAGCUCUCGGACGCGUGAUGGCGAACUACACCGUCGUCGUCGUGGCGCACCGCCUGAGCACGAUUCAGAACGCGAGUCGGAUAUGCGUCGUAGACAAGGGAAGAAUCGUGGAGAGUGGGACGCAUCGCGAGCUGUUGGAACGCGGCGGCGCGUACGAGAACCUCGUGCGGCAUCAGCUGAGCGCGAUGAGCGCGUCCGCGGCGUCGUUGAACUCGCUCGAUCGAGACGCGUGA